CUCACGAGCGCAAUACCCACUUUCCCACCUAGACAAAUCGCCCUUCUCAAGAUGUCGCAUUCAUAGCACACAUCUGCGCUCUCGCCGCGCAUUAUGGAUCACGCCCACAUUUCAGAGCUCAGUCCAGAGCUGGGCGCGAUCGAAUCGAAGCAGUUCCGAGCAACCGUCACGUUAAUAUGGCCAUAUUCGUCAUCGACGCGACAAUUUGCGCUGCUGCUCGCUGAGCCCGAACUCCGACUACGGCGCAAGAACGGACAAGUUAGAGCGCGCUUUUCUGGCGCCAGCGCGAAGGCCAUUGCGACAGCAGGCGUGGGCAUUGGCGAUGAGGUGGUUCUGAGCCUACGAGGCGCCGAGUUUGUUAAGGAAGGCGCCGUCAGCACACCAGGCAAGAGCAUUGAGUGGGAGCUAUCAUACACACAGACAGUAGUGAUCCGGGUCUAUCGAAGUGGCAGCGAAACAGCAAGUCUCGAACUCGUCGAUGCCGCACCCACGCCUGCGCCCGGGUCGCCUGUCCGCCCAGCAGCCCUGACGCCCGCGCGCGAAUUCUCCUCCCCUGCCUUCUUCAAGCGGGCGCGAUUGUCCGACGGGCCCUCCUUCCAAGUACCCUACGAUCCCUUGGCGGACGAGACGGAAGACGGCAAUGACCGAAAGCGACACAGGAAGUCAUACGGGGACUGGAAGGCGUGGACGUACAGCGCGAGGACACCAUCGCCAGAGAAGGAGGACGCGAACAUGGACGAAGAGCUCGAGUCUGUUGAAGUGUCCCCUAGUCGCGCAGGGCAACUUCCACGCACCCCCGUUUCGCCUCAACGAAGAGCCGGACCUCUGCCCGUUCAGGAAGACGAAGAUACGGAGCCUAAUACACCAACUGACGAGGGCGCAGGGGUAGUGGGCGAGUCGCCUGCAGGGCCAACAAAGAACGCCGACUCCUACGAUCUCUACACCGGGCCCGACGAACAUCUACCAUCAGAUGCACAAUAUGCUUUUGGAGGCGACACCGAGAUUGACACCGAAGUCAAUACCGAGGAAGAAGGCAACACGCGUGAUGAGCUCAAUGCUACCAGCACGAGCACCACCGAGGCAGAUGUCGAAGAGCAAGAAGACGGACCACUUGAGCGCGUCCAAGCGCAUGUGGUUGAUAUGCAGGCGGUCACAGGAAAGGACAAGAUGAGUUCGACUCACGAAGCAAGCUCAGAAUUCGUAGAAUCACAUCUGGGGACUGAACCUGUGCCCGCCGUCGGGGCUGACAAUCACACCAACAACGAGCUUACGAUUGCUAUGCCUCCCCCCGCCUUCCCGUCGGUCGCUGCAGGCUUGUUGACACCCAUCGGUCGAGAGCCUGCAAGUCCCACCCUUGCUCCACAAGACGCUUCCAACCUUCCAUUGCCGUCACCGUUUCCAGGGGAGCAUGAUGCUGAUGCUGCGUCUUACUUUGGCGUUGCUACUACUACCGAACAGCCGGUAGAAGCCGAUGCUACGGAAGACAAAGAAGAAGAUCCGCCAAGUGAAGCGAGCUAUAUCGGCGAGACGUCCUUCUUCAGUUCAAUAGGCUCAUCGAGAGCUUCGGUGUUCCACCCGAACCACGAGUCGGCCUUCACGCCUGUGCGAUUCACAUUCGGUAUGGACGGUGCUGGCUAUUCUCGCCCAAUGGAGCUAUCGUCGCCUCCACCAGAAGCUCGGCCAGUCGAGGAGAAGGCUGAGAAUAUCGACAUUCCAAACUCGCCCGCCGCUCGCGAACAUAGCGAUGACGAUGCGGAAGCAGAACAUAUUUCUCAGUCGCGCCCGAGCACACCGCAGAGUGAUGAUACAGAUGAGGAGGUUGAAAAUCUAAUUACUGCAAAUCCAGAAAUGGUUAGAGACGAAACGGUCGAGCCAGAAGUCGUAGAACUCUCCUCGGAGGACGAAGAAGAAGCCUUGAGUGAGAUCGAGCCGGAUUCAAUGGCAGUAGACUCUACGAUGCAGCCCAACACUUCUCAACAGCCUGAAGAAGACUCCAAUGUUUCGGAUGACAUGCAAUCUGUGACUGGAAGCCUCGAGGACACCCGUGGCCAAGCACUACAUACAGACACACAACGUUCCACGGCUACGUCAGCCAUCGUUGACUUAGGCUCCCCUCCAGACGAUAACAGCGAGAUCGACACCAGGCAUGAUCAGCAGCAGCCUAGCUCUAGUCGAAGACAGUCUCCUUCUCACGACCGGUUCCCAGCCAUGGAUCUUGGUAAUCAUAGUGAGUUUGUAAACCUGGAUUUUGCGACCGCGGACGCACAUGCUCUUGAUAGAUCAGAGGGGCGAACAGUUACUCACACUAAAUCCCAGGAACCGGAGCCUGAGGUUGUACCACGCCCAAUGGAGGAACCGUUUUCACCUGUCGGCGAUCUGCCAGAAUCGACCUUGGAGGCUACUGACGACUACUUGCAAGACGCAUUUCCGAUGGAGCACGCAUCAUUCGGGCAGGAACAUGACCAGAUAGCUACCUUUGAAGAUGACCGUCAAUCAGAUGUCCACAUGGAAACAAUAGAAGAGGCCGCCGUAUUCCAGCCAGACGAAUUCAAUGACCAUUUAGCGCCUGUCAAUACCGCCCAGACAGCUAAUGAGCCUGUAAGCCAACAUCCUGGCAUCGAACCUGAGGAUGCCCACCAGACCGAAAGCAUGAGUCUUGUGCUUGAGCCGCCUGCCAGGAAUACCAGGUCAAAAGCAAAGGCAUCAGCGCCCCUGAAGAAAGAAGAUGCUGCUGUCCCUGAAGUCAACAAACGGUCCAAAAGAUCUGUGAUUUCUCGUGCUCGUUCAGCCGUUUCACCACCCAGAACACGCACUCAUUCUGCCCUCUCUCCUUCACAGGAAUCCAUACAGACGUCUCCUUAUAGUCUUCGCUCGCAAUCGAGAUUGUCGCCAAUGGAAAGCUUGUCAACCGGUGCUAGCAUCGCUCGUCAAGGAGGCUCGCGUAGACAUGCUUCACAAAGAAGCGUAGACUCCAUUCCUGAUAUUGAAGUAUCCCAAACGCAGGAGUAUGACCGCAUUGUUUCGAGCUUCCAGCCGUCGCAGGAGUUGGGUGCCUCGCAAGGCAGAUAUUCCGAUGUCGUUUCCGUCAAAGACUCUGAAGAAGAGAGCGCACGCUCUGAGCAUUCAAUGUCUACUGUGCAUCCCUCAGACAUGGAGUAUAUGCAUCACAGCGACCCUGUCGGCCGUGCUAAUGCUUUUGAUGAUAAGAAUGAUGAAGGCUCUAAGCCGCCGUCAGCAACUGCACCAGAGUUACGGCCUUCAAGGCAGAAAGCCAGAGGGAAGAAGAACGCGCAGCAAAUUGUGGAGAUCAGGAGUAGUAGUCCUGCUCAGCCUGAACCUUCGUACGUUACACAGUCGUUGAUCAGCAGUCCAGGCACGCAAAGACAUGCAACGCGGUCAAAAGACAUAAUGACUCCUAGCCCGCGUAACGUACGAAGAACGAGGAGAAAAGUAUAUGAUCUUCCGGGUGGAGGUAGCCAAGACGUCGGUGAUAUCGACGAGCUCAUGCGCAGCUCACCACCAGUUUCACCUAAGGUUGACCAACGAACGAGACAACAGGGUAAAAGGCCCAUCACCCCGGUUGCAAGCCAGCAGACUGCCAUGGUGUCGCAACCCACCAUCAACGCCCACCAUGAACAAAAUACGCUUUUGACGCCUCAGCUCACGCAAACCACAUCUGCAGGUCUGUGCUCCUUCCAAGCCGACACCGAGGUCGACAUGGAAGCCGUGACUGCCUCAUCAGAGCCCAAGACAACACCAAGUCGCAAACACAGGUCGACUGACGUAACAACCAUCCCCGCAUCUCCAACCUUGAUUGAUCCAUCGUCCGAGGACGCCAACACGAAUACGCCUGAACCACCCUCGGUCGGCCUUUCCACCCCACUAGCUUAUUAUACUCCUCUAAAGGACCUCAUUUACUUCCUCAACCGCUCCUCUGAUUUCCACUCGGCUGCCAAUCCCGACAUACUUGCCCUGGUCACCUCUCCUACUACUCCAAGCGAGAAAGCCAAAAAGGGACCAAAACACUGGUUCACCAGUGUGCAGAUAACGGAUUCUAGCUCCUGGCCCGAGACGACAACGGUACAGAUCUUCCGCGCUUAUCAGAACGCACUUCCAGAGGCGCAGGUUGGCGAUGUGAUCUUACUACGCGCAUUCGCUGUGAAGUCGUUGAAUCGGCAUCCCAUGCUUAUAAGCGCAGAUGAGAGUGCAUGGUGCGUAUGGCGGUGGGGAAAACCUGUCUGGGGUGCGAAAAGAGGUGUGUUUGGUGAAUUGAGAGCAAGAGAAGAGACGAGAGGGCCGGCUGUUGAGAAGGGUGCAGGGGAGUGGCGCGAAGUAGAGAAGUUAAGAGGUUGGUUCAUCGCGAAGGUGGAGACGGAGCUGGCGGAGAAAGAGGAGGCGAGGGUUCGGACGAGGAGUAAGGAUAAGGGGAAGGAGCCGGCGGAUGUAGAUGCAUGAGAACUGUGGGCUUUUGCGCGGCGUUGAGCAACGUCUCAAGGAUGGUAUGGUCAUGGUACCGGCGCAUGUAUAGGGUACACUGGGUGCAUCACGUCCACGUUCUGGGGGACCAUGUUAGCAUGCUCAAUACUGCAUCGCUUUGCAAGUCAUCAAAGCAUUUAGAGAUCAUUCAUGUGUCUCAUUGGUUUCUACCAUAUUCCUUUCAUGCGAUCGUAUCUUCAUAGCCCACACC